CUACUGUCAUUCCAGCUUUCAUUCAUUUAGCAGACUUGUAGGUGGCGUGUUUUAUCAAAGUGUAACAUGUCUAUCAAAUAUUUAUGGAUAACUCUAUUCCUUAUGCAUGCUUUACAAGAUUAUUCUGAUGGCCAAAUUACAGCAGACCUUGGUUGUUCAUCAGGGAGUACAACAAUGUGCUGCACAGGUUCUUCAAUAUCAUGUAGACCCAGAGGAUCCAACUGCUACUGUGAUUCUGCCUGCACACGUUAUGGGGAUUGUUGCUAUGAUUAUGAGUCUACCUGUAUUAAAGUUGUUACAACAACAAGCUUGACGUCAACCACUGAAGAACCAUCAUCAGGUACAACAGCAACACCAAGUAACAUACCAACUAGUUUGACAUUAUCCACUGAAGAACCAUUAUCAAGUCUAACAGCAGCCAGUGCUGCAACAAGCAUGAAAUCCUCCACUGAAAUGCAAUUUUCUGUUAGUACAUCAACACCAGGUCCUACAACAACAGGAACAACAACAGGAUCAACAAUAUCUAGAUCAUCCACACCAGAACAAAUGUUCUACACUUCAUCAGAAGCUAGUGGUGUAACGAGUCUGAGAUCAUCCACUGAAAUAUCAACAUCACUUAGUGAGUCUGCAGGUGUUACAACUUUGAGAACAUCCACUGAAGUUCCAUUAUCACUUAAUACAGCCACAGAAAGUGUUACAGCAAGUCUGAGAUCAUCCACUGAAAUGUCUACAUCACUUAAUACAGCCAUACCAAGUCAGUCUGCAAGUGUUACAAGUCAGAGACCAUCCACUGAAGAACCUUCAUCACUUAAUACAGCCACACCAAGUGAGUCUACAGGUAUUACAACUCAGAAAUCAUCCACUGAAAUGUCUACAUCACUUAAUACAGCCAUACCAAGUCAGUCUGCAAGUGUUACAAGUCAGAGACCAUCCACUCAAGAACCUUCAUCACUUAAUACAGCCACACCAAGUGAGUCUACAGGUAUUACAACUCAGAAAUCAUCCACUGAAAUGUCUACAUCACUUAAUACAGCCAUACCAAGUCAGUCUGCAAGUGUUACAAGUCAGAGACCAUCCACUGAAGAACCUUCAACACUUAAUACAGCCACACCAAGUGAGUCUACAGGUAUUACAACUCAGAAAUCAUUCACUGAAAUGUCUACAUCACUUAAUACAGCCAUACCAAGUCAGUCUGCAGGUGUUAUAAGUCUGAGAUCAUCUACUGAAGAACCUUCAUCACUUAAUACAGCCACAACAAGUGAGUCUACAGGUAUUACAACUCAGAAAUCAUCCUCUGAAAUGUCUACAUCACUUAAUACAGCCAUACCAAGUCAGUCUGCAGGUGUUACAAGUCAGAGACCAUCCACUGAAGAACAUUCAUCACUUAAUACAGCCACACCAAGUGAGUCCACAGGUAUUACAACUCUGAAAUCAUCCACUGAAAUAUCCACAUCACUUAAUACAGCCACACUAAGUGAGUCUGCAGGUGUUAUAAGUCUGAGAUCAUCUACUGAAGAACCUUCAUCACUUAAUACAGCCACAACAAGUGAGCCUACAGGUAUUACAACUCAGAAAUCAUCCACUGAAAUAUCCACAUCACUUAAUACAGCCACACCAAGUGAGUCUGCAGGUGUUAUAAGUCUGAGAUCAUCUACUGAAGAACCUUCAUCACUUAAUACAGCCACAACAAGUGAGUCUACAGGUAUUACAACUCAGAAAUCAUCCUCUGAAAUGUCUACAUCACUUAAUACAGCCAUACCAAGUCAGUCUGCAGGUGUUACAAGUCAGAGACCAUCCACUCAAGAACCUUCAUCACUUAAUACAGCCACACCAAGUGAGUCUACAGGUAUUACAACUCAGAAAUCAUCCACUGAAAUGUCUACAUCACUUAAUACAGCCAUACCAAGUCAGUCUGCAAGUGUUACAAGUCAGAGACCAUCCACUGAAGAACCUUUAACACUUAAUACAGCCACACCAAGUGAGUCUACAGGUAUUACAACUCAGAAAUCAUUCACUGAAAUGUCUACAUCACUUAAUACAGCCAUACCAAGUCAGUCUGCAGGUGUUACAGCAAGUCUGAGAUCAUCCACUGAAAUGUCUACAUCACUUAAUACAGCCAUACCAAGUCAGUCUGCAAGUGUUACAAGUCAGAGACCAUCCACUGAAGAACCUUCAUCACUUAAUACAGCCACACCAAGUGAGUCUACAGGUUUUACAACUCAGAAAUCACCCACUGAAAUGUAUACAUCACUUAAUACAGCCAUACCAAGUCAGUCCACAAGUGUUACAAGUCAGAGACCAUCCACUGAAGAACAUUCAUCACUUAAUACAGCCACACCAAGUGAGUCUACAGGUAUUACAACUCAGAAAUCAUCCACUGAAAUAUCCACAUCACUUAAUACAGCCACACCAAGUGAGUCUGCAGGUGUUAUAAGUCUGAGAUCAUCUACUGAAGAACCUUCAUCACUUAAUACAGCCACAACAAGUGAGCCUACAGGUAUUACAACUCAGAAAUCAUCCACUGAAAUAUCCACAUCACUUAAUACAGCCACACCAAGUGAGUCUGCAGGUGUUAUAAGUCUGAGAUCAUCUACUGAAGAACCUUCAUCACUUAAUACAGCCACAACAAGUGAGUCUACAGGUAUUACAACUCAGAAAUCAUCCUCUGAAAUGUCUACAUCACUUAAUACAGCCAUACCAAGUCAGUCUGCAGGUGUUACAAGUCAGAGACCAUCCACUGAAGAACCUUCAUCACUUAAUACAGCCACACCAAGUGAGUCCACAGGUAUUACAACUCUGAAAUCAUCCACUGAAAUAUCCACAUCACUUAAUACAGCCACACCAAGUGAGUCUGCAGGUGUUAUAAGUCUGAGAUCAUCUACUGAAGAACCUUCAUCACUUAAUACAGCCACAACAAGUGAGCCUACAGGUAUUACAACCCUGAAAUCAUCUCCUGAAAUGUCUACAUCACUUAAUACAGCCAUACCAAGUGAGUCUAUAGGUAUUACAACUCUGAAAUCAUCCACUGAAAUAUCCACAUCACUUAAUACAGCCACACCAAGUGAGUCUGCAGGUGUUACAAGUCUGAGAUCAUCCACUGAAAUACCAUCAUCACUUAAUCCAGCCACACAAAGUGAGUCUGCAGGUAUUAUAAGUCUGAGAUCAUCCACUGAAGAACCUUCAUCACUUAAUACAGCCACACCAAGUGAGCCUACAGGUAUUACAACUGUGAAAUCAUCCCCUGAAAUGUCUACAUCACUUAAUACAGCCAUACCAAGUCAGUCUGCAAGUGUUACAAGUCAGAGACCAUCCACUGAAGAACCUUCAUCACUUAAUACAACCACACCAAGUGAGUCUACAGGUAUUACAACUCUGAAAUCAUCCACUGAAAUAUCUACAUUACUUAAUACAGCCACACCAAAUGAGUCUACAGGUGUUACAAGUCUGAGAUCAUCCACCGAAAUAUCAACAUCGCUUAGUACGGCCAUACCAAGUGAGUCUGCAGGUGCUAUAAGUCUGAGAUCAUCCACUGCAGUACCUUCAUCAGUUACAGCAUCCCCAGCUAGUAUUGUAACAGCAAGUGAUCCAUCAUCAGCCAAAGUGCCAUCAUCACUUAUGGCAUCCACAACAAAUGGUAUUACUACAAGUCUGAGAUUAUCCACUGAAAUAUCAUCAUCUCUUAAUACAACCACACCAGGUAAGUCUGCAGGUGUUGCAGCAUCAAGUUUGACAUCAUCCACUGAAGUACCACCAUCACUUAAUGCAAGCACACCUAAUGAGUCUGCAGGUGCUGCAAUAAGCCUGAGAACACCCACUGAAGUAUCAUCAUCACUUAAGGCAACCACACCAAGUGAGUCUUUAAGUAUUACAAGUCUGAGAUCACCCACUGAAAUACCGUCAUCACUUAAUACAAUGACAACAAGUGAGUCUGCAGGUGUUACAAGUUUGAAACCAUCCACUGAAGUAGCGCAUGCAGUUAAUACAACCACUUCAAAUGAGUCUGCAGGCAUUGCUACAAGUUUGAAAUCGUCCACUGAAACACUAAUGUCACUUAAGCCAACCACACAUAGUGAGACUGCAGGGGGUAUAAUAACAACAUCAAAACCAUCCACUGAUAUACCAUCAACAUUUAAUGCAACAGUGCCAAGUGAGUCUGCAAGUGUUACAACUUUGAGAUCAUCUACUGAAGUGCCAUCAUCACUUAAUACACCCACAUCAAAUGAGUCUGGAGGUAUUACAAGUCUGAGAUCAUCCACCAAGUUUUUACAGUCACUUAAUACAACCACACCAAGUCAGUCUGCGGGUGUUACACUAAGUCUAAGAACAUCCAUAGAAGUACCAUCUUCACUUAAUACAACCACACCAAGUGGGUCUGCUGGUGUUGCAGUAAGUCUAAGAACAUCCACUGAAGUACCAUCAUCACUUAAUACAACCACACCAAGUGAGUCUGCAGGUGUUGCAGUAAGUCUAAGAACAUCCACUGAAGUACCAUCAUCACUUAAUACAACCACACCAAGUGAGUCUGCAGCUGUUGCACUAAGUCUAAGAACAUCCACAGAAGUACCAUCUUCACUUAAUACAACCACACCAAGUGGGUCUGCUGGUGUUGCACUAAGUCUAAGAACAUCCACUGAAGUACCAUCAUCACUUAAUACAAUCACACCAAGUGGGUCUGUUUUUGUUCCACUAAGUCUAAGAACAUCCGCUGAAGUACCAUCAUCACUUAAUACAACCACACCAAGUGAGUCUGCAGGUGUUGCAGUAAGUCUAAGAACAUCCACUGAAGUAUCAUCAUCACUUAAUACAACCACACCAAGUGAGUCUGCAGCUGUUGCACUAAGUCUAAGAACAUCCACUGAAGUGCCACCAUCACUUAAUGCAACAACACUGACACUUCCUGGAUGUUCAUCGCAGAACCCACCAAUUUGCUGUCAGAGACCUGAUCGUUUAUGCAAACCCCGUGGAGUCAAUUGCUAUUGUGAUGCCACAUGCAAAAUUUAUGAUGAUUGUUGUUAUGAUUACAUGGAUACUUGUGAGAAAAGUCCUGUACCAGCAACAACAACAACAACAACUCUGAGAUCAUUCACUCCAGAAAUUACAUCACUCUUGACAUUACAAGCAAAUAGAACAACUGCAAUGCUGGCAUCCUCUCCUGAAGAUGUAUCAUUACACACAGCAUCAGAAACAGGUGUCUCAACAGCAAGAAGUGUGAUGUCGUCCACAAAGGAAAGCUCACCAUAUACAGGAUCAACAACAGAUAGAACAACUGCAAAUCUGCCAUCCUCUACAGAAGAUGUAUCAUUACACACAACAUCAGAACGAGGUCUUAUAACAAGCUUGAGAUCAUCCACUGAAGAAUUACCAUUGCUAACAGCAUCUGUGCCAGGUGUUCUAACAACAGGGUUGACAUCCUCAAGUGAAGAACUAUCACCAAUGCCAAUAUCCUCAUCAAGAGCUGCAACAUCACUUUUGACAUCAUCCACUGAAUUGCCAUCCUCCACUAUAUCAUCCAAAGGAAAUGUUACAAUAACACGUUCAAGAUCACCCACUGAGAUACUCUUAUCUAGUACUGGGUCAGAAAUAAGUGAUCAAACAGGCAGCUUGAGAUCAUCUACUGAAGUGACAUCAUCAUCAUCAUCCUCAUAUAUGACAACUACAACAAAUACUGCAACAAGUUUGACAUCAUCCAAUGGAAAAGAGCCAUUAAUUAUUGUAUCUCCAAAAAAUGUCCCAACAGGUAGUUUUAUAUCAUCCACUGAUCCAUCCUUACCACAUACAGCAUCCACACGGAAUGUUACGGUAACAAGUUCAAGAUCACCCACUGAGGCACUCCUAUCAAGUACAGUGGUAGAAACAAGAGUUACAACUAGAAGAUCAUCUAACACAGCUCCAUCAUCACAGACCAUUUCAGCAGAAGCCUUCACUGAUGGAUGCCUGCUUUCACCUUGUUCAGCAAAUGCCACCUGCGCCUACAGCGGUAUACAUGGGGGUUUUAUCUGCAUUUGCAGCUCAGGUUUUACAGGAAAUGGAUCCAUCUGCACUGACAUUAAUGAAUGUGAAAAUUCAACUUGUGGUGCAAAUGCUACCUGCUACAACACAAUAGGAAGUUUCUUCUGCAGGUGUAAACCAGGUUUCACAGGAAACGGAACAGUCUGCAGUGACAUUAAUGAAUGCGAAAAUUCACCAUGUGGUGCAAAUGGUACCUGCAACAACACAAUAGGAAGUUAUUCCUGUUUAUGUGCAGCAGGUUUCACAGGAAAUGGAUCCGUCUGCACUGACAUUAAUGAAUGUGAAAAUUCAACUUGUGGUGCAUAUGCUACCUGCUACAACACAAUAGGAAGUUUUUUCUGCUCGUGUAAACCUGGUUUCACAGGAAAUGGAACAGUUUGCAGUGACAUUAAUGAAUGCGAAAAUUCACCAUGUGGCGCAAAAGGUACCUGCAACAACACAGUAGGAAGUUAUUCCUGUUUAUGUGCAGCAGGUUUCACAGGUACAAACUGUGAACAAUUAAUCAGCUGUAGAACAAUGUUCUGUCCUGAUGGAUACUGUGGGAAUGCAUCCACAUGCAGCAUAAGGUCAGACACCUGUAGACUUGCUUGCACUUGUAAGAAUCCAAAUGGGAGGUGCGUAAAUCCUGGAACAGACUUUGUGCCCGAGCCUUCACCAGAUACGCCAUUUAGAUCUGUCCAGAUGAAACUCAGAAUACUUCAAAAUUAUGCUGGCAUUGUCAGUGAUCCAAACAGUGUGGAUUAUGGUAAUCUUGUGACUGCCACAGAUUCUGAGCUUACAAAAAUCCUGCGGACUAUAACACCAAACACCUUUGCCUACAACUCAAAUAUAACAUUAAGAAAAGAGAAUGGAGUUGUCUUUGCCUAUGUGGAGUCAUUGUUUUUCUACUGGAGUAAUAGAACCAUCAUUGAGUUUCUGAACACAGAUUUAAAAGCAGCUAUUAUUCAUGCGAUAAUAAAUGAAGCAAACAAGACGAGGUUAAAUCGUGAUUAUUCAGUCAGUUUUUCACCACCUCCAGAAUAUAUAAAUGAUCAUGUUCUAUUGUCUCCAGAAGAAUUAGUACGUUACUUCAAUUGUUCCUCCUCUGGGAAUAGUGGAUACAGGCUAACAUAUGGAACAGAUGGCUUCGUUUGUUUAUACCCCUGUACAGAAAAUUGUCUGAAUGGAGGAGUCUGUGAAAUAAAUGGUACAGAAUCAUUCUGCAGGUGUAAACCAAUAUCAAUAUAUUCACCAUUUGGAAGAUAUUGUGAAAAUCUUGCUGUGAACCUCAAUGCCUUUUUUGGUAUUCUUUUUGGAGCACUGGCAUUUCUCUUCUUACUGAUGUUAGCCAUUUUCCUUAUAGUGUGGUGUGCACGCUUGAGGUCCAGACAUGAGUCAUUACCAGUAGCUGCUUUCAGUACUGAUGAAGCGCAAGGAGUUCAGCAAACUGUUUAUAAAGACAAUCAAAAUGUUAUCAGAAAUUAUAAUGUGGCACCACUGCAAUGGAGGAAUCAUUACACAAAUAUUUCCUAGUAGUACUACUGAUCACAUUGAAGGACAUUUAGAAGACAGUUUCCUGGAACAAUCUAAACCAUUAUCAGGGAUCUUUCUAACUAGGAAGAAGGAAGAACAUAUUCAAUUUGCACUGCACAGAUGCACAAUGAGCCAUAUAACUGAAAAUAUCAACAAUUCUUCCAGAAAUGAGAACACUCUGUUGAGUCUUUUUUACACAGCACUUUAUUGCUGUAUCUUAACAUUUAUUUAAGUGUAGGUAUCAGCACUUUUAUUGCUGUAUCUUAACAUUUAUUUAAGUGUAGGUAUAUGUUUCUGCAAAAUUUACUUCAAGAAGUAGAUUUUUUUCACUGUGACAAAUAUGUAUAUAUAAAAAAUUGCACUGUCAGAAAUCAAGAUGUAUUAUUUUCUAUGGACUUAACUUAUAUCAGAAAAUGUAAAUAUUUUGGUUUCACGAAAAUGAAGAUUAUCAAAAAGUUUUGCAUAAUGCAUAAUGCAUGAGAUUUUCAUUAAUACGAAUACAAUUGUAAAAUUGGCUGGCAUUAUAAUUGAGCACUCUGCUUCUUCAAUUAAAGCAUUGAAAAGUAUAUAUUAUUUAAUAAUAAAGUGAUAACCUGAACAGCA